AUGUCGGCUCUAUUGAGGUCAAUCAGGCCUCUGAGCCAUUUCGUCAGUGUCGGUCUGCGAACAGCACCAACUCAACAACGUUUUGCGAGCAAAAAGACCAAAAAGGCCAAAUCACAAAAGGAGAAGAACAACAAACAGAAAGUAGUCGCUCAUGACAAAAGACUCACAGAUGCACGAAACAGAUCGCUCCAACAAGAACCUGGACUGGCUGAGCCCGAUGACCCUCUCAAAUCACCUAUGUGGGGUUUAACGAGUGUGAAGAACAGAAAUUGGGUUCCUACGACGAUGAGGCGAAUUGAUGCCAUCAGAUUGGCAAGAGAACAAGACGCAGCUUUCGCAGCCGCCACGGAGGAUAAGUUCAACGAAUUGUGGGCUGAAGUUACGCAAAAUUGGCAUAGCAUAUUCUUCCAAAUGGACGGAUUCCUAGAGAUGCAAGAUGAGAUAUUGAUUCGACCCACAGAUACACAGCUGGUUGAAUUGACGACAUUACAGGAUUCGUCAGGUACGAUUGCUUUCCCCAGGUUUGUAAGCAUGCAAUCUCUCCAAGGUUUUCUCCGUAUAGCCCUCCACAACUGGCUGAAGACCGUCAACAGCGUGUCGGAAGUCCCGGUAUGGGAGGAGAUGAUUUCCCCCUCUGGGAAUUAUCCUUGGAUGCGCUGUUUCAGCUCCAUAUUGCAGUAUGGCAGACCUUUGCUACCUCACGACCGAAUCUUUGUUAGAUACAAAUUAUCUCAGGAACCGACUUACGAAUCGCAUAACCAGCACCAUUCAAUUCGUCUAAUCUCCUCAAUUUUGUCCGCUACGACAUACCGCGAAGUUGCGCGCUCCUCCGACCUAUUUGAUUUCCUUGAUCACAACAAUGACUAUAUGACACCUAUCAGCAAGGAAGAAUUCUCACCACUGUGCGAUGAAUUGCGUGACGUGUGGAGUUCCCAACGACGUAACACGCGUGCUGGGUUCGAUCGGGUCAUGGAUAACAUCUGGACAGUUAUCCGCCAUAUUGAGCUCGUGAAGUCACAGAUGGUUAAGGAUGAACCCAAAUCUGAGUGUGGGAGUGAGCCCAGAUCCCAGAUCGCGACGAGUGACGAGUUACAAGAAGCUAUCGACAGUUAUCGCGUCGAUCGAUCGAGGAUCUCUGGCCAGCCCCCUGCCAGCGUGCUGAACGAAAUGCGGAGGAAUAUGGAGGGAGAGAAUCCUAGUGACGAUGAUGUUCUUGAGGAUUUUCGUGCCGAACACGCCGCAUGGGAGACUAAGGAUGAGGUCGACAAGUAG